AUCUCCAUCUAUGACAGAGCAGAGAAGAGCAGAUGCCAGGCACCGGGAGGCCACCAGCACCAGCCUCUGCCGCUGACAGCAUGCCCUGGUUGCUUCUGCCCCUCACGCUUGUCUUCUCCUUCAGCCCAGGUAAACGCUGCAGCACACUCAGCAAAUAAAGAGAACAUGGAGAAUAAUUUCCAAAGCUGUGACUCCCCAAACAGGAGGAACACAGCUUCACAAGACAGCUCAAACCCACUGACAGUGAAUGGGGUUCUGGGGGAGUCGGUAACUCUUUCCCUGAAGCUUCCUGUACAUCAGGAUAUUCAGUCCAUCACCUGGCUUCACAAUGGAAAAUCUAUCAACUUCAUAUUGCCAAAAGCUGCUCCAGAUUUGCGGAUCUCGGCGACUGAUCCAAAACGGAAAGAUCGACUGCAACUGUUGGAGAACUACUCCUUACAACUCAGCAACCUGGCAACGGGAGACGCAGGACUUUACUGUGCCCAGAUAACCACACAAACCUCUACAGAGUUUUCCUAUUACACUCUGCAGAUCUUCAUUCAGGUCUUUUCUCUGCAUGCAGGACGACUGAGGAACUUACAAAUUACCAAUCACACGUGGCUGUCUGAGAUUGGGACCUGUGAGAUCCACCUGACCUGCUCUGUAGAGAAUUCAAAUGACACCUUCUUAAGGUGGCAGGUUGUAGGAAACACGUCUAUAAAUGAAGCAAACCUCACUAUUUCCUGGGACCCCAGGAAUUCCAGUGAACAGAAGUUCACCUGCAUAGCUGAGAAUACUGUCAGCAAUAUAUCCUUCUCUGUCUCCACCCAGAGUCUCUGCGAAGGUGUUUUGAAUAUGAAAAAUCACCCUGAUACCAAAUGGAUUAUAAUUGUGGUUGUGGUUACUUUGAUAUGUAUAGUCAUCACUGUGGGGUUACUUGUUUGGAGGAAAAAAGAUUGUUUGUGGAGGACAGGCAUCUUUCAUUUCUCUACUCCACAAACCCAGAGUCCUGCAGAGACCAUAAGGAACUUAGAUUAUGUCUCCAUCUCUCCAGGGAACACCGUGUAUGCUUGUGUCACUCAUCCAAACAGGGAAACAAAUAUCCCAACACCUGUGAAAAGCAGUGAUUUCUCCACCAUUUAUUCCACAGUUCAUCAGUACAAAGAGAGUAAACCUAUUUCUUCCAGGACAACUGCCCUUGACAACGUCAUCUAAAUUGCUGAGAGGUCUCAAAAGGAACUCAGGAAUGACACAGCUUCUCCUGGUCUCAUGGGACAGAACACAGCUUGUUUUCUGCCUGGCAACAGAAUUUGAAUAUUUAGGAUUAUCACUUCUAGUUCUUUGGACUAGAACCUGCUCAAGUACGUCAGACAUCUAAGGAACAACAUAAUUUCCAGCGUGUGAUUCAAAUAACAUUUUGUAAUCUGCUCCAGGCCAAAACAUGCUUCCAUGAACAAGCCUGGACAUUGACUUUCUCUUUGGCAGCUGAUGGAGUUGUGCUUGACAGAGAGUUAUAAUUCAGAAGACAGCCACUCCUUUCCUUUUAGAAAGGAGCAGGAUUGUGAUUCACUGGGAGAGAGUACAGUGUAUUUAUUAUGUAUGUUGUCUCUGGAAUUGGCUGGGCCUUGUCCCAAAUCCUCACACAUCACUUCCUAGACAUACCUCCUGGGACAUGUUCUGGAACCUCUUGAGGUCUGGUCUCCUAGACUGAAAAAUGGGGAUCAGCCUGUUACUCAAACCAGGAACCAGAGUUAGCCUUGACUUCAGCUGUUCCAUCACCAGGCCCUUUGGACUCUACCUCCAAAUACAUAUCUUAGACUGACCCACUUCUCUCCAAAACUUUAACCUCCACCUUAUAUUAACCCAUCAUCUUGCCCAACCUGGAAUACGACAGUAAGCUCCAAACAGAUUUCCCCAAUUUUUGUUCUUAUCUCCCUCCAAUCCAUUCUCUACAAGACAGCCAGAGUAAUAUUUUUAAUAUAAACCAGACCCUUCAUUUGUCUGCUUAAAACUGACCCUGCAAGACAUCCCAGGCACUCCAGAAAGAAACUGAGUCUCUGUGGUUCUGGAUGGCCUGGCCCAUCUGCAGCCUCAGCCACCAUGUCUCCCUCCCACCCCCUCUCUGAUUUGGCUUCUCUGAUUCUCUUUCAGCCCCUCCAUCAGAGGAGAGAGUUUACUCACAUCUGCCUCAAGACCCUUCUCUGCUUGCCUGGUUCCUCCCUACUCUACAGGUCCCAGUGCAUAUAUGUCAUUCUCCAAGAAAGACCUUCAGACCACUGUAACUGAAGUGGAUCCCCCUGUUAUUCUGUCACACCUUCCAUGUCAUUUACAUUGUGCCGUUAAAUAUUUAUUUGUAUUUAAUGUCUGUUUCUCCUAUUCUACUGUACACUCUCCAGGAACAGGGACCACGACGAUUUUAUCUCUGUAUCUGGAGCAUCUAGCACAUAGAAAAUGUUCAACAAAUACUUUUUAAUAAAUAAAUGAAUAUGUAGUGGA